UACGCCUCUCGCUCACAAGGGGCUUCUGAUCAAAAUUAUACUUCUCCUAGCUAGCCUCGAGCUUCUCUCGCCAGCUCUUCCAUCAUGGGCGGCGAUAAGGGCAUCAGCCUCGAGGAGAUCAAGAACGAGUCCGUUGAUCUGGAACGGAUUCCAAUUGAGGAAGUGUUUGAGCAGCUGAAAUGUGCGAGGGAAGGUCUAACAGCAGAGGAAGGAGCCAACAGGCUUCAAGUUUUUGGACCAAACAAACUAGAAGAGAAAAAGGAAAGCAAACUUCUCAAGUUUUUGGGUUUUAUGUGGAACCCAUUGUCUUGGGUCAUGGAAGCUGCUGCUCUCAUGGCUAUAGCCUUGGCAAAUGGCGGUGGAAGGCCUCCGGAUUGGCAGGACUUUGUUGGUAUCGUUGUCCUAUUGCUGAUAAACUCCACAAUCAGUUUCAUUGAAGAAAACAAUGCUGGUAAUGCAGCUGCAGCCCUUAUGGCUGGUCUUGCUCCCAAGACUAAGGUUCUGAGAGAUGGUCGAUGGACUGAGCAAGAUGCUUCGAUUUUGGUUCCCGGAGACAUUAUCAGCAUUAAACUGGGAGAUAUUAUUCCUGCCGAUGCUCGUCUUCUUGAGGGUGAUCCGUUAAAGAUUGAUCAAUCUGCUCUCACUGGAGAAUCCCUUCCUGUCACCAAGAACCCCUCUGAUGAAGUAUUUUCUGGCUCAACAUGUAAACAGGGUGAAUUAGAAGCAGUCGUAAUUGCUACUGGUGUCCACACCUUUUUUGGUAAAGCUGCCCAUUUGGUGGAUAGCACCAAUCAAGUUGGGCACUUCCAGAAAGUUCUCACUGCAAUCGGUAAUUUCUGUAUUUGUUCAAUUGCUGUUGGAAUCGUCAUUGAGCUUAUAGUCAUGUACCCAAUACAGCAUCGUGAGUAUAGGGAUGGAAUUGACAAUCUACUGGUUCUCUUGAUCGGAGGAAUUCCUAUUGCCAUGCCAACUGUUUUGUCUGUCACAAUGGCUAUUGGUUCCCAUAGGCUCUCUCAGCAAGGUGCCAUCACAAAGAGAAUGACUGCCAUUGAAGAAAUGGCAGGCAUGGAUGUUCUCUGCAGUGACAAAACAGGGACUCUAACCCUGAAUAAGUUGACCGUUGACAGAAACUUGAUUGAAGUGUUUGCCAAGGGCGUGGAGAAAGAGUAUGUUAUGCUUCUUGCAGCAAGGGCUUCUAGGACUGAAAAUCAAGAUGCCAUUGAUGCUGCUAUUGUAGGAAUGCUUGCAGAUCCUAAGGAGGCAAGAGCUGGUGUAAGAGAGAUUCAUUUCUUUCCAUUCAACCCUGUAGAUAAGAGGACUGCUCUGACCUACAUUGAUGAGAGUGGAAAUUGGCAUCGUGCUAGUAAAGGUGCUCCUGAGCAGAUAAUAACCCUUUGCAACUGCAAGGAGGAUGUUAAGAAAAGGGUUCAUUCAGUGAUUGAUAAAUUUGCAGAACGUGGACUUCGAUCUUUAGCUGUUGCAAGACAGGAAAUACCUGAGAAGACAAAAGAUAGCCCAGGGGCACCAUGGCAGUUUGUUGGUUUGUUGCCUCUGUUUGAUCCUCCCAGGCAUGACAGUGCAGAAACCAUCAGAAGGGCCCUUAACCUUGGUGUGAAUGUCAAGAUGAUUACUGGGGACCAGCUUGCCAUUGCCAAGGAAACUGGUCGGAGACUUGGAAUGGGCACAAACAUGUACCCCUCUUCUUCAUUGCUUGGCCAAGACAAGGAUGCUUCCAUUGCAGCCCUCCCUGUAGACGAGUUGAUUGAGAAGGCUGACGGAUUUGCUGGAGUUUUUCCAGAACACAAAUAUGAAAUUGUUAAGAAGCUGCAAGAGAGGAAGCACAUUUGUGGAAUGACAGGAGAUGGUGUCAAUGAUGCCCCUGCUUUAAAGAAGGCAGAUAUUGGAAUUGCUGUUGCUGAUGCUACUGAUGCUGCUAGAGGUGCUUCAGACAUCGUCCUCACUGAACCUGGUUUGAGUGUCAUUAUAAGUGCCGUGCUGACCAGCAGGGCUAUUUUCCAAAGGAUGAAGAAUUAUACGAUCUAUGCAGUUUCAAUCACUAUUCGUAUAGUGUUUGGCUUCAUGUUUAUUGCUUUGAUAUGGAAGUUUGACUUUGCACCAUUCAUGGUUCUAAUUAUUGCCAUCCUAAAUGACGGUACAAUUAUGACGAUAUCAAAGGAUCGGGUGAAGCCAUCUCCACAGCCAGACAGCUGGAAACUGAAAGAAAUAUUUGCUACUGGAAUUGUGCUUGGAGGUUACAUGGCGCUAAUGACAGUGAUCUUCUUCUGGGUUAUGAGCGAUACCGACUUUUUCUCGGACAAGUUUGGUGUGAGGUCACUGAGGGGCAGAGAUACCGAAAUGAUGGCAGCCUUAUACCUGCAAGUUAGUAUUAUAAGCCAAGCCCUUAUUUUCGUCACAAGGUCUCGCAGCUGGUCCUUCGUUGAACGACCUGGACUUCUCUUGCUCACUGCUUUUAUACUUGCUCAGCUGGUAGCAACUUUCAUAGCAGUCUAUGCAAAUUGGGGUUUUGCACGGAUAAAAGGAUGUGGCUGGGGUUGGGCUGGUGUAAUCUGGCUUUAUAGCGUUGUAACAUAUAUCCCACUUGAUAUCUUGAAAUUUAUAAUCCGCUACAUUCAGAGUGGGAAGGCCUGGGAUAACCUUUUGGAGAACAAGACUGCCUUUACUACUAAGAAAGACUAUGGAAAAGAAGAGAGAGAAGCACAAUGGGCAGCUGCACAGAGGACCCUACAUGGCCUUCAACCACCGGAAAGAACCAACCUUUUCCCGGAGAAGAGUAGUUACAGGGAGCUUUCAGAGAUAGCAGAGCAAGCCAAGCGACGGGCUGAGGUUGCAAGGCUGAGGGAGCUAAAUACACUGAAGGGGCACGUUGAGUCAGUGGUGAAGCUGAAAGGACUUGACAUCGAUACAAUUCAACAACACUACACAGUAUGAGAGUCUUCCGAUCCAUUAGAACUCAAAAGUGUCAUCUUCUCCCAGAGAAAGCUAACUAUGAUGACGAAGAAAUCCUACAACCCCCCCAUCCCUAGUUUAGAAUGAUAAUCCUUUUGGUAAAAUUCAAAUAGUUAUUAUUGCUUGUUUACUACGCAAGUGCAGAGGAAGGACACUGUUCUCUUUUAAAGCCAAAUAAUAUCAUUUGCACAGUCCCUUCUUUCUUUUUA